UAAGCCAUACAGCUCUUACAGGUUGACACUGCAGAUUUUAGCCUUUUGCCCGGAAACCCUAACUGGGCCACCAUGGUACAGCUCCCUACAUUAAAUUCAUACCCUCAGUGUAAUCUGAUCAGUUUCUCAAAUUAUCCUCAGUUCAAAGCUUUUUUUCUUGUAAACCAAUAACUUCUAGUGCUUGGGUCUGAUCUUCAUCGUAUACAGAAAUUAAAACUACUUUAUCUCUCUCUCUCUCUCUCUCUCUCCGCCUUUCUGAUCUGCUUUUCUUUUUCACUUUUAAAAUAAACAAAUCCUCGGCACUGAUUCUGGCCUGCAAUUGGCUGCAAUAUUCUGAGAGAGAGAGAGAAAGAUGGGGCACCAUUCUUGUUGCAACAAGCAGAAGGUGAAAAGAGGGCUAUGGUCACCAGAGGAAGAUGAGAAACUCAUUAACUACAUUACAACCUAUGGCCAUGGUUGCUGGAGCUCAGUCCCUAAACUUGCAGGCCUGCAAAGAUGUGGAAAGAGCUGCAGAUUAAGAUGGAUAAAUUACCUGAGACCUGACUUAAAACGUGGCAGUUUCUCUUCACAAGAAGCAGCUCUCAUCAUUGAACUCCAUAGUAUUCUGGGCAACAGAUGGGCACAGAUAGCAAAGCAUCUACCAGGGAGAACAGAUAAUGAGGUGAAGAACUUUUGGAAUUCAAGUAUCAAGAAGAAGCUUAUCUCUCAUGAUGUUCCAGCUUUAGCCUCUUUCGCUGAUGUUCACAAUUCUACACCUCCAGAGGAAAGUUUCAUCUCCCUAAAUGCAAACCCUAAUUUGAUCCUUAGUGCUCAACAAGGCCAGCUCUAUCUUUCCCCCACAGCACCGGUGCUACAAAGUUUUGCUCAACAUGCAGAUUUCAAGCCAAACCCAAACAAUUACAAUAUUGAUUUGGUUCACCAUCAUUUCUCAUUAACCCCAAUGCUCCCACCACAUUCAAAUAGAUCUUCCUUUGACCCUUCAUGGCCAUUGCCCUUUGUACCUCAACAUGAUCUUGAUCAUCAUCAAAAUCAAGAAGAUCACGUCCAAAUUUUCAGCAAUGAAGUACUUCAAAAUUUUUCAAGUGAAAAGCUUAUCAAUCCAACCACUGCUUUAACUCCUUACGACCACUCGCUAAUGGCUCCCCCAACAGUGCCCAAACUCUGUGAAAUCCUUGAAGGAGACAUCUGCAACAGCAUGCCACAAACAUCUGUCUCAUUAGAAAACAUCGACCCAGUAGUCUCCAGGCUCUCAUCAUGUUUUCCAAUAUCUGCUGGUUCAUCUUAUGCACAUGACAUGCACACGGCAACAUGCCCGAUGGAGUAUAUUGAUACCAUCAUCACAUCAAUGCCAUCAUCGUCAUCCUCCUCCUCCUUAUCAGCAUUAUCCAGUGGGCAAUAUAUUACAAACCCUAAUCUUUCUUCAAGCAGCUGGGACCCUUAGGAAUGGCGGAUUCACAUCUUAUACUAUAAUUGAGAUUGGAUUGAGAUAGUUAUUUGUCUACGGGCUCAUUCCAUACAAAAGCAAUUAUUUUCUUGAAAUAUAUAUAUGCAUAAGAUAUAUAUAUAUAUAUGAAGUGGAGCGUAGUUAUGAGAGAAAAUUAAAACCUAAAUGUUACUAGUUUCAGAUAAAUUCAGUAAGGAUAAGGCUGUCUGAU